AUGCUACCAGACAUAAGGGCUCAAAAGCUUGCAGAACCCUUGGAGGACAGCUUCCUGCAGAGAGGCCAGCAUAAGACUCCAAGUGGUGUAAAGAUGUUUUCUAACCUGGUCCUGCUAGAGCAAGUGCUUGCAGACUUGCUCGACAGGGUGGACGCUAUGGCUUAUUUUCCAAUAGAUGGCUCUGUUGAUACAUUAGCAUCUCUGGUGCGUGCAAGAAUGGUACUGGUUGUACACUGCUCUCGUUUAUUAGACGACUUUUUGCUCUGCGCCUCUCACGACAAAAGCGUUCUAGUAUUCUCAAUGUGUGCUUCGUUGGACAAGAUUAUAGCGAGCUAUCAAGCUAAUACACCGAAAUGUGGAUUUCGAUUGUUGGAACUUGUACGCUUCAUUCUACGUGAUAACCCGCAAACGGGCGACAACCAGGUUUGUCAAGCUCUGGUCGAGUUAUACAAAAAGAAACCUGUCCCUAAUUGGUUAAAGGACAGGUAUGACUAG